AUGUUGUUCGGAGUUCGUUUGGCUAAUCAAAUGUAUCCGCCCUGGAAGGGAUCGUAUAUGGACUAUGAAAGGCUCAAAAAGCUGCUCAAAGAGUCCAUUAUCGAGAAAAGAGACUUUACAAGCAGAAAAUCCAGUCGUCGUGAAAACUCAUGGUCCGAAAAAGAUGAGUCUGAAUUCGUUUCCGCACUCGAUGCAGAGCUGGAAAAGGUGUACGGGUUUCAGAGCUCGAAAUUCAGCUCCAUCAUGGAGAAACUGGUGAACCUGGAACGCAAAACAGACGACGAAGAAGCGCUCAAAUCGCUGGAUUUCAAAGCGUUUCAGCACAUCCUAGAAGAAAGCCUCACGGAGGCGCAAGAGCUGGACAAUUUCUGCCGCGUUAACUACACCGGUUUUAUCAAAAUCGUCAAAAAGCACGACAAACUCCACCCCAAGUACCCCUCAGUGAAGUCGUUGCUGCAAGUUCGGUUGAAAGAGCUCCCCUUCAAUUCAGAGGAGUAUUCGCCCUUGUUGUACAAGAUUUCGUUUCUGUACAAUAUUUUGAGAACCAACACGACCGCCGUGUCCUCUUCUCUGGCCAACUCGGCCAAGCUGUCCAGCGUGCACAACCACGAAGAAAGCUCGUUCAAGAGCUACACGUUUUGGGUCCACCCUGACAACAUCAUGGAAGUCAAGACCCGAAUCCUAAGACAUCUUCCCGUUCUAGUCUACGCAUCGCCUCCAAACGAAAAUAGCGAUUUGAUCGACAGAGUGGAGACGUCAGUCAUGAACUCCGAUGUGUCCUUUAAUGCUCCCUCCAGCAGUAGCAGUAUUUCGGACGCAGAUCCCAUGAGCACUAAGGGCUACGAUCCUGUUGUGAGAGCCAUAUAUUUCGAUAACGAGUCCUUUGAACUGUACAACAACAAGCUCUUGAAAAAUAGCUCCAACCCAACUUUGAGAUUAAGAUGGUCUGGAAAGUUGGCUGACAAGCCGGACAUCUUUUUGGAGAAAAGAACUUUUAUCGAUGAUAAGGCUACCGGUAUCUCUGAUUUCGAAGAAACUCGCUUGAAACUGAAGCCCAAAUUCAUCAACGGCUUCAUUUUCAAUGGAGACCAGGACUACAAGGAAAAGAGUCUCAAGAAGCUCAAGGACCGCGGCUCCGCAAAAACCGAAACCAACAAAUGGGGUAACGAUUUUGACACCAUCCAGCAGUUUGUGCUCGAAAAUGAAUUACAGCCGGUCCUUAGAUCCAUGUACAGAAGAACUGCUUUUCAAAUUCCCGGUGAUAACCGUGUUAGAAUUAGCAUCGACUCGGAUCUCAUGUACAUUAGGGAAGAUUGUCUCGAUGAGAACAAACCAAUCAGAGACCCAAAGAGCUGGCAUAGAACCGACAUUGACACCAACAUCGCCAACCCUUUGAAGUUUCUCAGACCGGGCGAAUACUCUAAAUUCCCCUACGCCGUUUUGGACAUCAGAAUUCGGAACCCAGUGACGGAAUCCAAUAAGAACACCGGGAACAUGCAAUCUCAACUCCCCGGCAAACACGCUCAAUGGGUUGACGAGCUCAUCAAUUCGCAUCUUGUGAAAGAGGUUGCAAACUUCUCCAAGUACGCUCAAGGUGUAGCGUCGCUGUUUGGAGAAGACGAACAUUUGGAUUUGUUGCCCUUUUGGCUGCCCGACCUAGAAAGUGACAUCCGGAAAGAUCCAAAGCAAGCCUAUGAGGAUGAGAAAAGAAGAAAUGAAGAACAAAAGGAGAAUCAAGCUCGUUUUGCGAAAUUGAAACGUUUAUCGGUCGUCCAAACCACCGGUGAAGACAGCACAGGGUCUUCUGCUGUGGUACCCGUGCCUAAGGGAAAGGACAGGGAGCCUGACUUGGAAGACGCGGAGUCGUCUGAAGAUGACGACGAGCCCUCACCUAUUGCCUCUCGCCGCAAAAGACGCGAGCAUACCCCUAAUAUCCUGGAUGUCCUGGUCGGCAGAAGCGGCAAGAUCGCCGAUGUGUACUCGGAAGACGAGGAAGUUGAACUGCCACCAGGUGUCAAGAAGCCAACUUCCUACAUCAAAAACGCUGGUCCGGUAAAGGUGGAGGCUAAAGUUUGGCUAGCUAACGAGAGAACCUUCAACAGAUGGUUAUCUCUCACUACGUUAAUGAGUGUUUUGACGUUUUCGAUCUACAGCUCAGUGCGGAAGGCAGAGCAUCCCGACUUGGCUAAUUUCGUUGCCUAUGUUUAUUUCGGGAUCACGCUUUUCACGGGUCUUUGGUCUUACCACACUUACAACAGACGUCUCGAGGUUAUCAGAGCGAGAAGCGGCAAGCAUCUCGAUGCUCCUCUGGGGCCUUUGCUUGUUGCCACUGUCGUCGUUUUCACGCUUGUGGUUAAUUUCGUGCUCGCAUUUCGGGAUGCUGCAAAGAGAAGACAAGACGAUGUCUCUGCUCUGUCUUCCAAUGGCCAAUCUCAGCUGCCUGUUCUAGCGAGACACGUUCAACAAUUGGUCUUCGCGAUCGUUGGCACCAAAAAAGACUGA